AUGUACCGCAACACCCCGGGCCUCCUCCGUGCGAGUAAACAGAAGAAAUUUGCAACACAACCAACAUCAAAAUAUAUCACAAUGAUUAAUAUCCUCUCAAUUACCAUCGUUCUUCUCUCAAUAUUUCGUUCUCUUAUCUCAGAACUACGCAAGCUGGCUAUCCAAUUACAUAGAAUUCACCAAAAGCGUGACGCAGCAGCUCAAAGCAAUUACAGAAAUGAUGACCCAUCAAAGAUGAAGAUUGCGAAUCCUGUUGUUUAA